GACAGAAGGGGUGGACAACUUUCUGUCAAAGGGAGUUGUGUGUUUGGAUUUGUUGAAAUCCAGUUAGAUUUGAACUUUGCCACUUUUCACCAUGUAAGAGUAGAUUUCAGUAGUGGAAGACCAAUUUAGACCCCAUUUCUUUCUUUAUUCAAACACACACUGUCUUUUUCAAAAAGAUAGUAUUGUUUUCCCCCUGCUAAAAUUAAGCUCUCAUUACUUGAAUUAUCUUUAAUUUGUAUUUCUACAUCGAAUGAGGUGGCCGUUAUGUUUUAAUUCUUCUUCUUGUUCAAUUCCCAUACCCAUCAACCAUGGCCUUGUCUUCUUCUACAUGCUUUUGUCACUCCCAAUUCUCACUUAAGACAGACCGCUGGGCACCUGCUUUAACAUCAAAUAUCCUAAGUAAUAUCAGGAGGAAUGAACCUGCAUCCUCUGCACUGAAAAGAAUAAACCCUGACAUUUUAAGUCAACAAGUUCGGAAACGAGGAAUCAAGCAUGGCAAUGGGUGCAGUUUCCUCAGAGGAUCAAGAGUAAUAUGUCAGCCUAAACUCCAAAAUCUUCUACAAAGAAGAAGUCACAGGGUGUCUGCUAUAGGGUUGCCUAGUUCACAAAUAGCCAGUAGUGUCUUUACGCUAGGAACAGCAGCCGUUCUUCCGUUUUACACCUUCAUGGUUGCAGCACCUAAAGCUGAACUUACCAGAAAAUUGAUGGGAAGCACCAUACCGUAUGUUGUGCUCGGACUUCUGUACGCAUAUUUGUUGUACCUCUCUUGGACACCAGAUACAAUUCGGCUGAUGUUUGCUAGUAAAUACUGGCUUCCGGAGCUGCCUGGUAUAGCAAAGAUGUUCUCCAACGAGGUGACGCUAGCUUCUGCAUGGAUUCACCUGUUGGCCGUAGAUCUUUUUGCUGCAAGGCAGAUUUAUCAUGAUGGUUUGCAAAAUGAUAUUGAAAUGCGCCAUUCUGUUUCCUUUUGCUUGCUAUUUUGCCCCAUUGGAAUUGUUAUUCAUCUCCUCACCAAAGCUGUACUAAGUAGUGUAGAAAGAGCAGAGCCUAGAACUCACUAAGAGAAAUUUAACCAUUUUUGCCUGUUUUUGGCUAAUGUAACUGUGAACAAGGUGUAAUUGUAUUCUAAAAUCCAAAAUUGCUUGAAGCAAUUGAAAUCGACUUACUUUUCAGCAAAUCUUAAAAAAUAA